AUGCCCAGUGUGAUAACUGCUGUUAAAGCAACAUCAACAUUAUGCAUAAUAUGGAGUGCAUAUGCAUUUGCAAAGGCACGAUUAUUUUCUCGACGAGAUUCCGACAUUCAUAAUGAUACGGAUAGUAAGAAAAAGAGAUAUGAACAUAAUAAUGAAUCAGAUAUUUCUACACCUUAUGACAAUUAUUCAUCAGAACAAAAUCUAUCACCAUUAUCAUUUUUGAAAGAUAGUGUUAUCAUUCGUAAUGGUAUAAGUACAUUGUACAAUUUAAUUCAUCAUGUGAAACAUCAACACAAUAAUGAUGAUAAUGUUACUUCUACGAUCGUUAACAAUCAUCCUUUAACAAAUUCAAAUAAUCAAUGUAAUAGUAGAAGCACUUCUUCAGAUGAAUUAAAUUUAUUUUAUCAAAUGAUAUGUGAUUUAAGUGUAAAAGCUGGAAUAACUACCGGUGUUGUUUAUCCUACUUCUCGUAAACGAAAUCGCUUAUUGUCUUUCAGUAAAGAUCCAAAACUUACUACAGAUUAUAUAUUACAUCUUUUGAUUUCAUAUAGUAAAGAUCCUAGGUACUUGAAUUUAUUAUUUCAAUGUGAAAAUUUUGAACAUUUAAUUAAUUGGCUUACUUCAAUCAGUCUUUCAGCAUUGAAUAAUUCAAAUAAUAAUAAUAAUAAUAAUAAUAAUAAUAAUAGUAAUAGUAAUAAUACAUCGCUCAUUGAAACAAAUCAUAUUUCACCAUCAAUGAAUCAAUGGACAAACAAGUCAAAUCAUUGUGAUAAUAAUAAAAAUAAUGGGAAUAAUAAUACUACUGAUUCAUUCAUUACAGAAGUAAAUAAUAAUAAUAAUAAUAAUAAUAAUAAUAAUAAUAAUCCCUCAACUGUUGUUGCUCAUCCAGAAUAUUCAAUUCAUGUUUUAGUUGCUAAUUUCUUAGCAAACAUAUCACAACAUUCAUCUAGUGCUUGUUUAACUAAUUAUAAAGAUAUUCAUAGAUUAAUCAGCCUUUGGAAAGCUUCAACAAGUUUGCAUUUAAGUUUAUUCGGUGCCAAAAUUGAUCAUAAUUUAACUGUUCAUUCUAAAAUGACUGACAGUUCAUGUUCUGAUUCGCCUAAUUCAUUUCCUAUUUAUUGUCCAGAUGUUUAUAAUUUAAAUGAUUCCAACAAUAUCAAGGAUGAUUAUGAUUUUGAUAUUAUUUUUGUAAAUGGUAUGUUGGGUAGUGUUUUCUUUACUUGGAGACAACAUGAUUCAAUGCUUAGCAAAGAUGCUACACAAUAUACCAAAUGUUGGCCUAGAGAUUGGCUUUCUCAUCGAUUCCCGCAAGCUCGAAUUAUCGGUGUUGAUACUUCAUUAAAGCCAUUUGUAUGGCAUCCAAUUUGUCCACUUCAAAAGUUACGACGUACAUUAGAUAAACGUGCUGUGGAUAUUAUGAAACAAUUGAAAAAAGCUCAAGUUGGUCAUCGACCUAUAAUAUGGAUAACUCAUUCAGCUGGAGGUAUUCUUGUCAAAGAAAUGCUUCGAUUAGCUAAUUCAGCUAACAAUGAUAAUUUUGACCGAUUGGUAACUGAUAAUUCUGAACUAAGUAGUAGUAGCCUAUCUAGCGCUGGAGAUUUUGCUCAAUAUUCUCGUGCUUAUUCAGAUUUCCCAGUGUCAAGUGAAGAAAAUCGAAUUGCUUUUCAAUCUUCACUCGAUAAUAAAAUUGAUUCUUCGUGUAAUUGGUAUUGUCAUGAAAUUAUUGACCAAGAAAAUGAAAGUAUAUCCGAUUCUGGUUUUAACUCUUUAAUCGAGGAUAAAAACACCAGUGUAUUAUCAUCUGAUAAACAUUUGGAUAAUCGUCUACAUCAUUCAUUGAGUUGUUCUGAUCGACUAUUGAAACACAAUAAUGACACAGUUGAUAAUUCAGAAAUAGUGGAUCCAGUGAAUUAUGGAAUAUUGGCAAGUAGUACACGAGCAGUUGUAUUCAUGAGUACACCACAUAGAGGAAAUCAAUCAGCGCUGACUUUUUAUCGUCGUCCAUUCCGAUGGGCUCUUACUCCAGAGGCUAUUCAACUUGAAAAAAAUUCAGACUAUUUAUUAGAUCUACAUGUUUGGUUUAAUAUUUGGUCAUAUCGUCAUAUAGUACAAAUUUUAUCGUUGGUUGAAAGUCGUGUAACUCCAAUUAAUAGAUUUUGGUCUGUUUUAGUUGUACCGGAAGAUGUUAAAGAUCGAGAAAUGGGUAAAUUGGUACGUAUUGAUACAGAUCAUUUAUAUAUAAGUAAACCAAUGAAUCCUUCCGAUUUAUCAUAUACAAGUAUUGUUAAUUUUAUUGAAAAUCUAUCAUUUAACAAGCAAUUACCUGUGAAUAACAAAUAA